CCAGUUAGGGGUUGCCCAGUGCCUCCUAACUUACACACCCUGGAUGCUUCACACAGCACCGUAUGUCCUGGGUGCAUCUGCUGGCUCUCUGGUCGCAGCUGCUGUAGUUUGUGAAAUGAGCCCGAUUACUAUCCGGGAUGAGAUGAUACACUUCGUCAAACACAUGAAGGCUUUUACGCUUGGACCACUAAACCCCUCAGUGAACAUUUUCCACUGGUUAGAGAUCAUUUUAAACAAAUACCUUCCUUCCGAUGCGCACCAAUUGGCCAGUGGGCGUCUUGCUGUGGCUAUGACCCGCCUGGUUGACAGCAAGCUGAUCAUCAUGUCUGACUUCCAUUCCAAAGAGGAUGUAUUACAGGCUUUGCUGUGUAGCUGCUUUGUGCCUGGGUACUGUGGCAUGCUGCCUCCAUCCUUCAAAGGAGAACAUUUUGUGGACGGGGGUUUCAGCAGCAUGCAGCCAGUCCUGCCCGUACCCAGCAGUCACAUCCUGACGGUGUCUCCGUUCUCUGGGGAGAUGGACAUCUGUCCUGCCGACACUUAUUCAGUGUGGGACAUGGUAGUGAGUGGAACCACCUUGAAGGGCAACAUGGCUAACGGUCUCAGGAUCUUCAAUGCUCUGUACCCGAUGGCUUUAGAGACUCUGGAGCAAGCCUUUGAUAGCGGCUACAAAGAUGCUAUUCAUUUCCUUCUGAGCAACGAUCUUGUCCCGUAUUUGAUGAUACACAAAGUAUCCCAAGGGUCACUUAGCUGUAACCAAACUAACACGUGGAUGCAUCUGCCGACCGGCACGGAGGGAGAGGAGGAGAUGAAAGCGGAGAAGAACGCUACACUGACAAGUUUUACAGACAACAGAUGCGUGCAGACAGGCAGCUGUUCUGAGCACGAGCUGACUGGAAAUGGACCAACUCAAGAACCUCUUCUCAAUUUUGACAUAGUAAAGAAUGUUGUGCUGGGCAACAUGGUGACUCACCUGAGCAUGUUUGGACUCCCUGCAAAAAUCUUAUUCCACCUGCUUCUACCCGUCAUUGUGUUCUUUUACGCUGUACACCAGAGUAGGCAGAGACUGGAGCUGAUGUUCAGGCAUGCACCUGAGUUGGUGUUCUGGUCGUGGCAUGCCCUGAGACACUUUACACUGUUCUUUUUCAACACACUGGUCUUUAGCCUUCAGAAGAACAUAAAGAACCGGAUUGCGCCCAUAGUGCUGCUGUUUGAGUGGGUGAAAUUUCAAGCACUAUAUGAGGAUCCUUGAGGGCAGAAGCACGCCGCGCAUAAGCUUCCGAUGCUGAAGACACAGACUCCAUCAUGGGAUUACACAGAACCAAAUUUACAGUAUAUGUAGAGUGUGUCGCUGACUUUUUAUUUAAGUUAAUCAAGCAGAAAUGUAAACGCUGAAUCUGUGCAACGAAAAGUCUUGAGUCUUGUUUGAUUUAAAAAAAAAGGCUUUAUUUGAUGUAAGCUGGUUAAGAUGCUUCUUUUGUUAAACACUUUUCACUGCAUCAGUAGAGUGCGAGGCCUAGUUGUAGUAGUAAUAGGCACUUUUGAGGUAAAGUACACAACACUAACCAAACACACCUCGGAUUAACCACCAACACCACAUUUAGCAUGCCAGAAAGGCUCCAUGGGGACAACCAGUGUUUAGUCUGAAGGCGGCAUAGAGUGAAAACUCAUGGGCCGACUAAAUCAAUCACGCCCUGCUGGAAGCAUGAAUGUGCAAAUACUGUUUUGUCACAGUUAAGCUGUCAUAAGAUAUGGUUGUUUUGAAACGAAAAGCUUGGCCCGAUGUGGUGCUAGGUGAUGGGGUAGAACAAUCAGUUGUUCAAACUUUUAGUGGAAAAUCAGGGAGAAUCUGGGGUGAGUCAAGCCGACAACUAGUCCUGUGAUGUGCUAUCUAAACACUGCACUCUUUCACU